AUGUCUCCUAGAUUUCUCGUGCCUGCCGGCCGGUGUCAGUCAGAGUGGGCCUACUGCUUUAGGACUAGGGCAGGUAUCGACACCAACAUGCACCUUGAGAGUAUGCACAGAACAUGGAAGCACAGCAUGUUGGAGGGAAGGAAGAAUAAGCGUGUUGAUAAACUAAUUUCUGCCCUAAUGCAUUUCGACGUAUUUUUGAUGAAGAGGGCAAUCCAGACGAUCAAAGGAGCCAAGGGCAAAACGUGCAAGCACAUUCACUGUGUCAUCAUUGGUAAUACACCAUCAAGCAGUGACGAUAAUGACUAUGAGAGCCCAUCUGAAACAGCAAGUGAAAUGAGCCAGGCAUUGCACAUAAUGAAAAGCAUUACGAAGCUCGACGCAGCCACAAAAGUGUCAAGUGCAGCAUUAUUCAAAGCGAAGAUGGAGUCUGUCAAACAAGCAAUAGUGGAUAGCGAAGUGUCGGAGGAAGUGAUGGAGAAGGGGAGAACCAGAAAACAAGAAAGUCGAGCGUCAAGUCAGAUUCUAUUCUACAAAGAAGCCAGAUCAUCCCAACUUUCAUCAAGUCUUUCAAAGCCUACCGAAGUUCAAAAAGAAGUUCUGAAACAGCAGCUCAUGGACAGAAAUGUGGAGUCUGCACAGAUAAUCACAUCAGUAGGGCAUGACUACAGUUAUCAAAAGAAGCUGUCAAAAUGGUGAAGUGCUCAACCAAUAUUGGGUUACUAGAACUUAUGAAUA